AUGACAGAAGUAAUUUUAGAGUCUUGGAGCCGGUACAACCACCCCGACAAUCUUCGGCGGCGGUGGAACCGAGGAUUGACCGACCGUUUCCCCACACCCAAAAUCUUGCUUCUCUGUCCACAGACGACCCUCGUCGGCCACCCCCCCUUGGAACCCGCCACCACCGAACCCAAGAGCAACACGGAUUCGUCGUCCUCAGAGUCACUGAAGUCGGGUAUUUUUGAUUGGCAACCUCACACAAACCACGUAGAUAACACUUACCACAACAUGUCGGAGUACUUUCAGCAGUUUUUCAAGUACAUUGUCGAUCUGAAAAAACGAACAUUGAAGCUUCCGGACAGUCUAAACCAUCAAUACAUCCACCGUACACCUCUUGAGUGCACCCUAACCACUAGAGAAGGUCGGAGUGAGAGGGCACUUGGAUAUAGGUGUGGGCCGUGUGGCAGGGGUAGUCUUAUCUCAUUCCUUUGUUGUGGCAGAGGGAGAAAGUGGAAAGAUGGUGUUUUGGGCGGGAGAUUAAUGAAAAAACCGGGAAUGUGA